AUGGUGUCUACCAUCAAGGAAUAUCCCGCUUCACGUUCCACAACAACCACCUCUGCUAUUGCUGUCACCAAAGUUAGCCGGGACAACUCAGAGCUUAUUGGCGAUCCAAAACAUCCACUACCACCAUUGAAACGACUAUUGCACCUUACCACUGGAAACGUUUUGGAAGCUACGAAUGCCACAUGGGUCUCGUACCAUUUGGUGGCGUAUUCUCCACCAUCAUCUAUCGACAACUCAACACCUUCAUCGACUCAUGCCAGUGAAACAUCCCACCCCCGAUUUGUCAGCUUUGCUUUGGUGAAGUGGAAACCUCUCGCCAUAUGUUUUUGGACUAUUAUUCAAACGAGUAUUCUGGAUUGA